AAAAACACAACCUUUCCUUCCCACAUGCUGCAGUCUCUCAAGGCUCUCAUUUUAAUGAGGCAAAUUCAGAUGAGCAGAGAAACUUAAGACUGAAGUUUAUUUUUCUUUUCUUAUUUUUUUUUCAUCCUUCCUGCACAAAUUUCAGCUAGUUUCCAGUGAGGGAGGAAACUUCAUGCCCAUUUGAAUUCUGCACAGUUGUUUUUUGAGGAAUUAUUAAAGGCAAUUGGACUAAUGCUUCAGGUGUGACUGGGUCAUGGAUACAACAACAUCGGGGCAACUCGGAGACAUUAACCGAAAGAUUGUUGUGAAGGGAAGCCCGCGUGUGGAACUCUCGCUUUGUCCAGGUGAAUUCAUUGCUGCUUCAGUAUGCGUCUUUUCCUAGAUCCCACUCCAGGAAUUUUACUACAAUGUGGAAAUGGAUGCUGACCAGCGGUGUCUCGCCCUUGCCCCACUUCGCUUGCUUCCUUCUGUUCUCCCUGACCUGCUCGGUGUCUGCCAGUUGCCGCGGCGAGUCCGAAGAUGCGCUAACGCUGGAUGCUACAAACUGCUCUUCGAGCUUGGAGCGCCACACACGCAGCUACAACCACCUGCAGGGCGAUGUGCGGUGGCGCAGGCUCUACUCAGCCACAAAAUACUUCCUCAAGAUUGAUAGAGCUGGGAAGGUAAAUGGGACUAGAAAGAAGAACUGCCUGAACAGUAUAAUGGAAAUCAGAUCAGUUAAUGUCGGAGUAGUCGCAAUCAAAGCGGUCAAUACUGGCUUUUAUUUAGCCAUGAACAAGAAGGGAAAGCUAUAUGGCACGGAAGAGUACAACAACAAUUGUAAGUUUAAGGAAAGGAUAGAAGAAAAUGGUUACAAUACCUACGCCUCUCUGAAAUGGAAGCACAAAGGGCGGCAAAUGUUCAUCUCAUUAAAUGGGAAAGGGUCUCCUCGCCGGGGACAUAAAACGAGGAGAAAACAUCUCUCAGCACACUUCCUACCCAUGAUGGUACCCUAGACGUCAGCUUGCGCCACAUGCCCUGAACCUUAUAUCAUUACCAAGUCUUGCCAGUUGACGCUGCGAAAGAGAAAAAAAAAAAUGCACAUUUCCUUUUUCUUAUCGGGGAUCUCGUGGACAGAGCUACUCUCCCUGCAUUAAAGCUUGCGCAGGCAACAGAGCAUUUACUGUUGUAAAUAUAUGUUUUAUUGCGACCAUUUACAGCACUCUUCAUCAAUAUAACUUUAGGACUUCUGUAGAGGAAAAGAAAACCCUUCAGCCACAAUAGACUUUAAAAAAAAUGAAGCAGUAGGAUUUAAUGGAACAACUUGUCUUUUUUUUUGAAAAGAAAUCUGAAAGAAGGUAAUUUUCUUUUGGCUUGGAGCUUGGACUAAAACAGUGACAAUGCUGUA